AUGGGAGCAGGGAUCGAAGUGAACCAGUUCCAUGUCACGGCGGCCAUGCGCGCCUGCAGCAAGGCUGGGAAGUGGGAGACGGCGCUGGCGCUCUUGGAGUCGCUAGAUUGCCUGCGAGUACCCCAAGAAGAGAAAAUCUUCGGGGCCGCUUUCAGCUGCUGCGAGCGAUGUGGCAAGUGGCAGCAGGUGAGUGCCUGCGAGCAAGUGACACAGUGGGGGCAGGCAGUGCAGUUGUUGGUAGACAUGCAGGCUGGGCAGUGGACGGUCGCCCUAGAAAUCCUCGGCAGCAUGCCGGGCCUUCGGGUGCUGCCCGAUGCCGUCACCUUGGCCUCUGCGAUCAGCUGCUUGGAAAAGGGCGAGCAGUGGGAGAGGGCCCUGCAACUCCUCUCACAAGGUUUUGGUGAAAAGAUGCAAGUCAACCACAUUGGCCUUUCAGCGGCGAUCUCCGCUUGCGAGAAGGCUGGGCAGUGGAAAGCCGCCUGCGAAGUGUUGCGCUUUUCGGCGACGGCACGCAUCAGAACAGACAUCGUUGUAUACAGCGCGGCCAUAGCGGCAUGCUCUCGAUCUGGGGAGUGGCAGGCGGCUUUUGGAUUGUUGGAACAGAUGGCAGUGGAACACAUCCGCCACGACACCGUGGCAUGCACGGCUGCAAUAACUGCUUGCACGAAUUCGACCGAAUGGAAAAGCGCACUCUCUCUUCUGAAUUCAAUGAACCUCCAGCUGCUGUCGCCAGAGAUUUUUGCAUACACCGCAGCCCUGAGUGCUUGCGAUCUCGGGGAGCGCUGGGAGGAAGCAUUGAUACUGAUGGAGGACAUGCAACAGAGCUCCAUGGUCAUAGAUGGCAUGCAUGUGGGCUGUGCCAUCAGCGCUGUCCAGAAGAGGCGUGGACGCCCGGCUGCUAUCCGGCUUCUCAAGGCAUUGCGUGCGACAUGGCCCCCCUUGACUCCGCAAAGCAGAGAGGCUGACAUGGAAGGAUUGGACGUGCUCAGUCAGCGUCCUGGACUGCUUGUCCUCAACAAGCCAGCUGGUGUGCGGACGGAAGACACGCUUGAGCAAGUGGCCCGCCUUGGCAAAGUCACGGAAAUAUCGCGCCUGGACGUUCCCACCUCGGGGUUGCUACCUGUCGUUCUCGACGACGAGACAUCGACGGCUGCCAGGUGGUACAAAGCGCAGUUUGCGGGCCGUCUGGCGAGGAAGGAGUACCUCUGCCUCUGUGAGGGCGAAGUGCUGCCUGCCGACGGCGAGCAGCGAGUGGAGCUACCCUUGCGCAUCCUGCCCCCGGGAUCGGGCACCGCCCGCGCAGCGGUGGAUCCCCUUGGUCGGGAAGCUCUGACUUGCUACGAGAGUCUGGCCGUGUACAGCUGUGAUAACAAGAUCUGGUCGCUGGUCCGUGCCAAGCCGAAGACGGGACGAAUGCACCAGAUCCGUGCGCACCUGGCGAGCACGGGCCUGCCGUUGGUAGGCGACCGAGUUUAUGGGCUACCAGGACCAUUUUGGUGUCCUCGAUUGUUCUUGCACUGCCGCCGGUUGACGCUUCUUGGCUGGGAUGGCAAGGAACUGAGCAUCGACGCUCCACUUCCCGCUGAGCUUCGGGCAGCCCUGGAGCACCUGGAGCGGGAAGCCUCUUAG